AUGGCUAGUGUUCAUGCGGAUGGAGAUUUGAGUGAAAUUUCCAGCCUCACUGAUUCCAGUGACGAAGGGAAGAAGGUUGUGGAAGAAGUUGUUGAAACGGUAGAGGAAGCGGACAAGCCCGCGUACUCGGAGGAAGAUCUGGAAACGUUGGUUGGAUUUAUUCGAGGGAUGAUCAUUCUCUUCGACUAUGACGAUGAAGACUUCAACGAGGAGGCCGCUGAAGUGAUCAAACUCUGGUUGGCGGACGCCAACAAUCCGCUGCUGUUCAUCUUUUACGACGGAAAUCGACUGACAGCGUCGCUCGCUUUUCCGCUGUGUCCUAUCAACGAUCUGAUGUACUUCAUGCGCGAGGAGGAACAGUUGUUCAGCGCGCUGGAUCGUUUUCACGACGACAUCCUGUUCGGGACGCUUCACGGGGACAUCGAGGGAUCGCUGCUGGUGCUUCUCGAGCAAGUGUACGGCCCGAUGAUACUGGCCAACGUGGAUUGGUCGGAAAACGUGAAGGCAAACGUGAUCAAUGGUUUUAACGCGUUCAUGACCUACUUGACCGAAUUGCAUUACAAGCUGUCGGGAUUUACAUUGCUGUAUGUGCCCCGCGAAGGAAGCGAUAUGGAGGUGCAGGAGGUUGUGCUGAACCGGUCCAUGAUCAAGCGGCUCGAAGCCGUGGUCAUCGAUUGGACCGGCCAGAUUCGGGCUACGCUUGCCGAUACGCAGCAUUUCGUGCCAGACGAUUUGGUGUGUCCUUCGGAUGAAUACAGCUUUUGGCUUUAUCGACACGAAGUUCUGUCCGCCAUACGGCUGCAGUACAAGGGCCCUAACGUGCAGCAUAUCGUGCGCAUCCUCGAGCUAGCCCAAUCAUUAUACAUCAAACACCUGAAGGAUGUCUUGACGGACCUGGAUCGUGGGAUCGAAAUAGCGGAGUCGAAUAUACCCUUUCUGAAACUUCUGGUUGAUCCCUGCUUCGCUAUUGGCACGCUGGAAACGGCGGACGAUUUUUGUUCGCAGCUCAUUUACGUCAUGCACAUCAUUCGCUUUAUAGGGACGGACUCAAGUCACCUCAAUCGGGACGAGAGUAUCACCAAGCUGUUCCUUUAUCUGAGCAACGAAAUCGUGGCGUGUUGCAUGAGGGGCAUUGACGUCGGCCGAAUUCUUGCUGGUGCGCCACGAUACGGCAUUGAAGUGUGCCGGAUGAAAAUAAACUGCUGCGAGUCCUAUAAAAUCAUCUACGAGGAGAUGCUGGAGCACUUCAAGGGGGAGUUUCCGUGGAACUUGGACUAUGCCGCAAUCUUUAAUCGCAUCAACGCGUUCCUGCAGCGUCUGAACGACAUUCUAGAGAUUUGUGAUGCGAUGCUUAUUUUCGGGAAGUACGCUGAAAGCACGGCAUACACCUCGUAUCGGUUUUUCUGCAAUGGCGCCGAAGAGUUUGAACGGCGGUGCGACCAAGUCGAGAAGAUUUUCCACGGUGCGCUUGAGACGAUCGAGUCGGUCGGGGGGACGAUAUUGGACAUCAACAACAAAGACUGGUAUCGGCACAUUGGCGAGUUCCGCGAGAUGCUCAAGAGCCUGGACGAUAUCAUGGAGAAUCUGCUCUCUAACGUGUUCAUGAUGUCGGAGAAUUUGGAGGAAAAACUGAACGUGCUCGUGACACUGCUUAACUUUUACCAGCGGGAAAACAUUCGUGAGAGUUUUAUGCGCAAAAUUGGAGAAGUUUGGGGAAUACUCAAUGAGGAGAUUAUGCAACUGUCGAAGGACAUCUCGGCGGGAAUCUCACAGUAUCCCGCACUUCUUCCUCCCCACGCCGGCCGUUAUGCGGUGCUGAAAAUGCGCUUCGACCAUCUGACGCACCAUCGGAAGUUGGUCGUAGAUUGUCGCUUCUUUCCGGAUUAUCCUCAGCAAGAUGAAGUGUUGGCAUUGUAUGAGGCGUGCGAAAAGCAGGUGAAAGCGGCACUGAAGGGACUCAGCGAUUCGUGGAGCAAAUCGAUCACUUCCGAUAUGGCGUCGUGGUAUCAACGGAAUCUGAUCUGCCGGAGCAACCUAAGGCCGGGGCUCUUUGAAGUGAACAUCGAGCGGCGCCUGUUGGUUCUAUUCGACGAGGCACACUAUUUCAAGACUUUGGGGGUUUCGCUGCCGAUGAGUCUCGACUUGGAGAAGCACGAAAACACGCGCCUCACGUUCGACAACGUGCUGCGGUUGGUGCUUUACUUCAACGGCGUAGUUUCGUCCAUUUCCGACAAGGAGCGGCUUUUCUUCAAACCGAUGAUUCAGCAGACGGAGCGUAAGCUGGAACCGAUGAGAAGUAAGCUUACCUGGGAGGAAGAUUUAACCGAGUUUAUCGAAGGAUACGUGGUCAACGUUCGUGAGUUGCUGGAUCUGAUAGAGCUGUACAAGCGUGAAAACCAUAAAAUCGCGGCGUUAGUGGAGCGUAUGUAUGGGAUGGUGUUCGUUCGGUUGGAACAACCCCAUGCUGUCAGUAUGGCGCAACUGAUGGCAAGCGUCAACGAGCAGAAGAAAGCGGUCUUCACCGAGUUCCUGGAGGUGCUGACCGAGAUUAGCCAGAACAUAUUCACCAUCUACGACAGUCUCGGAUCGAAUGUUCGGAAAAUGGCCGCUAGCUGGGAGCAAUAUUUACACAAGAUCGACAAGCUGCUAAAGGCGGCCAUCUUCACUUGCACAUUGAACACACUCCGGGACGUUCGAAUGGCUUUGGAGAACAUACAUUCCACUCCAAUCCUGCUGAUCGAGAUCCUGCUGAAAAAGGAUGGCGCGGUGUACGAACCAUCGGUGGACGCCGUGGAGCAGACACUGAGGCGACUCGUUGAGGAAGUCUGCCUUACAAUUAAGCCCGUGCCGAGUAUGAGCAGACGGUAUCAGUUGGAAAGUGAGGAGCGUAGCUUCUAUUUGCAACUUCUCGAACAUCCCGACUAUAUAGCGAUCAGUGGGUCGAUCGGUGAAACAAUCGACGAUACCGUCCGCCUACUGCGAACCUACCAAGCCAAGUGGAAUGUGUUCAGACCGUUCUGGUGCGUUGACAAGGCAGUAUUUAUCGAGCGAUUCCGGCUGUCCGCCAUGACUUCCGACGCCUUCCAGAAGAACAUCGAGAAAUUCGAGGAGCUCCAGAACCAGCUGUCGACCCAGUCGGACUGUAUCGUUUGCCGGAGUGUGGAAAUCGAUGCGCUCAAGCUGAAAUACGCCCUAACGAGCCACAUCGGAGAGUGGCAGACCAAGUACAUUGAAUACCUGAAGUGUGUCGCCUAUGGUAAAAUUAUCGAGUUUAAUAAUGUGUUGAAACGAAACGUCGAAGAUCUGCGACAUGAGCCGAAGGAGGUGCACGAACUGAAAAGGCUGGAGGAACGCUAUCAGGCUUGCUUCGAAGAGCUACCAGGGAAGGAGCAAGAGAUCGCCGUCAUCCUGAAGUACUUCGUUGUGCUGGAAAAGUACGUCGUCGAUCUGCUACCGGAAGCGUACGAGCUGCGGCACAACAUUGGCUCCAUCUGGGCCCAGUAUUUGGCGGACAUGAAGGAAAUACGAGAGCAGAUCGACAACUACCAGGACCAGUUCAAGCUCUCCAUGACAGGCGCAGCCGACGCUCUGAAGGUGGACGCGCUCGAGAUGCUGAAGAUGCUGCGGGAAGAGAUGCAAACAUCGGACGAUUCAAGCCCCGGCGAGGCGUUCGAAGCAAUUGACCGUUUAAUGAUGCAAUUGGAAGUGCUAGAACGACGCGAGCAGGAGAUCGCAGAACGAAUGCUUUUGCUCGGAGUCCGUUACGUUCCUUUACCCGCGCUUCGGGAAAUCCGCUGUACGUUGGAAAACCUGCGUCUUGUGUGGCUCCUCGUGGAUGAGUGGCGCUCCACGGAGGUUCGUGUUAUGUCCGAAAACUAUCGUACCGUAGAUGAAUUGGAGCUACAGUCGACAUCCUCGUACCUUCGAGAAGCAUACGAAAAAAUGUCACAACGCUUCCUCGAGGCUGAUUCCUUCGAAGUGUUCGAUCGGUUGGGGGAAGAAAUUGCACAGUUUUCCGUAACAGUGACGAUCGUGUGUGGGAUGCGUAGCUCUUUCCUGCAGGAUCGUCAUUGGGAAUGGGUGAGGCGGAUUGCAGAAUGUGGCUCAUCCGAUGAACUGUCGGCAAACAGUAGCUUCCUAGCCAUCAGCAAAAUGGGACUCUACCGACACGAAAGGGAGCUGAUGGCCUUGUGUAAAGCCGCUCGUAUGGAGCACGAGGUGGAGUUGGAGCUUGAAGGAAUCGCAGGGCGCGUGCGUGCAAUCGCGUUGAAUAUCCGAAUUCCCCCUAACGUUGACAGCUUCCCCGAGCUCUUGAACUCUCGGCUCUGCUUCGAAACCCUCGAGGACAGCAUCGGGAUCAUAAAUCGCCUGAGAAGUUCGCCCCAUCGUCUUCCCUUCCAGCCACUUGUGGACUACUGGGAACACACGAUAGGCAUUCUGCAGGAGAUACUGGAAGUGUUGACGCAGAUGCAGAUGGAAUGUCGAACCCUGUUCGAGCUGUAUCGGGCAAGCGGCGUUGGAGAAGGCCUGUCGACGGAGAUGGAUGACUUUAGGGAAGGUUUUCGCAGUUGUUUCGCGCAGUGGUGUGAGCUAAUGCGCCAUUUGUCGUCGGCUCGGCUCGUGGAAGACAUUUGCGCGGUGGGACAGGAGUACCUCGUGGAGCUGGAGUCUAUCCGGAAGCGCAUCAACCAGCAGGCGGACGGGUUACGGGUCGUGUUAGAAAGGAGGCGGCACAGUUUUCCGCGGUUCCAUCUCCUUUCGGACCGUCAGCUUAUCGCUCUCAUGUCUCAACCGACGAACCAUUCGCAGCUGGAAGCAUCGUUGGCCGUUCUGUUUGAGAAUGUGAGCCGCUUCCACGUCGGUUCCCAGGGCGACCUCAUCUGCGGGGUGUACACGGGCGACGAAGAGUACAUUCCGUUCGGUGCCCCGUUGCCUUCCGCCCGGCCGAAAAACCCCUCGCCGAUCGACGAAACGAUGAAUCAAGUGGAGCGCGGGAUUCGCGACGCGUUGCAAGAUUUAUUGUGCAAAUGCCACGCCGCCCUGCGCGGGGGGUACUUCCGACGGGUGGAGUCCGGGUGGCUGCGCAGCUGGCCGUUGCAGCUGUGUCUGAAGAGUGCCGAGCUGCAGCACACGCUGCAUACCAGGAAUACCCUGGUGCAAUGCAGUCUGGUCGGCUCGAAGAAACCGCUCAAAAUGCUGCGUUCAUUGCACGCUAAGUUGUUGGAAGAAUUGACGGCCUCGUCUCGGAGCGAAACGGCCGAUCGGUGGCAACGAAAGAAGCUGUACGAUUUGUUGAUCAUCGAGCUGAACGCACGCGAUCUGAUCGGCCGCCUCUGCCGGCGUCCGGAGCUCCACGGGCUGGAGUCCUUCGAGUGGGUUUCGCAGCUGCAUUCCCACUUGCAUCCGACAUCGCGCCGUUGCACCGUGCAGUUGCUGGAUGUCCGCCUUGCGUAUGGCUACGAAUGUAAGCGAUCGACCGAACCGAUGCUGCUGACUCCCGCCAGCGAAAAAGCACGGCUGGCAACGAUGUGUGCCAUCCGGGCCGGACAACUACCAACGCUCCUGGGCACGUCCGGGGCGAGCUGCGGACGACGAGUGCUGCUACAAAGUUUGGCUCAAUCUGUCGGUGUUUUCCUCCUGACCCUGGACUGUCACGCGGAAGAGAACGGAGGAGUUCAAGCGGAAGCGUUGCUGCGGUUGAUUGCCGGCAUGAAACACAUCGGAGGCUGGCUGGCCUUCCGCGGACUAGAAUGCUUGUCUUCCGCCACCCUAACGCAGAUUGUCGACGGCGUCCGGCGAAAGGUUCCGACGGCGAACGUUGGGGAUGGAGACCACCGAAGCCGGGCGGGAAAGUUUCAACUGUUCAUGCUCACCGCUCGCUGUGUUCCGAUCCGAACGGUCACCGAAACGCUCGAUCGUACGGCCUUUCGACCGGUCAUUUUCACGCCCGCCGAUCGGCUGAAGAUCCUGGAAUGUUGGCUCUGGUUGGCGAACUUCGAGCAUUGCGUGCGGAUCGCUAAACUGACCGGACUCUUUCUGGAGCAGAUGAAAUUCCGCGAGCCUGAACUUACCGAAAGUGGCCUGUUUUCGCUUCGCAAAUUGCGGCACGUUUUUGAAUAUGUUUCGUGCUGGGAAAAUUCUUCCCCACACGACGUGGAAAUCGAAAAGCAAACGUUCGCUAGAGCUUUCAUGCAUGCUUAUAGAAGUAACCUCUCUGAGUCUGCAACGAUCAACUGUCGAGAAUGUUUGUCGAUUGCAUUUGGAAAAUUUGAUGCACCGGGCGUUGAAGAUGACGUUCUUAUCGGGUUGACGGAUUUGCAUGAGAAAGCGGUUCAAAUGAACCUUAACAUAUCGGAACAGAUGGCGGAGAAAGUAUUACAGCUUCAUCGAUCAAUUGCGUUCGGUCAAAGGCCGACACUCGUCAUGGGCGGACCCGCUGUGGGGAAAAGUACCACCACGAAACUCGCCCUAGCUCUGAUGAGUACGGAGUUUGAAGUCCAUCGACUGAUCCCGAAUGUGCUGCGAAAAUCCACCCAUCCGAAGGCGUUCGACCGCCGGCUGCUGGAUUGCAUUAUCGCGGCCUGUCUUCAAGGCCCCCCGAGUAGUCCCCCGGCCGUCGGUGGAAAGUGUUUGAUAUUGGAUAGCGUUCCGGAGGGGGAAUGGGUCGAGUGUGUCGCCCGGUUGGCCGAGGGCGAUUAUAUGGGACGUGACUUUGUGCGGCCGGUGGUGCGGGACGAAAACCAUACGUCACGGGCGCUUGGGGACGUGAAAGUGAUGGUCGAAUGCGUCGGACCGCUGGAAACCAUGACACCCUCGGCGGUGUCACGUUUCACGCUGCUCCACAUCGCUCCCGGUGACCUUCGGUGGGAGGAUGUGAUCGAGGGUUGGCUACGGCGGAAGCAACCGUUCGAACGGGAAUGCGUGCGUGAGCUGGCGGGCAAAUACUUCAGCAAUAUACUGUCUGUGCGACGCCGGGAAUGCCAGUCCCUGGUGAUCGUAACCGACGUGACCAUGGCGCGAACGUUCUGCCAUCUUUGGGAUGCUCUGUUUGCGUCGUUAAGCGUUGACCCGGGGGAGGAGGUUCCGGCGGAGACCUUGCCCGAGGCGAUGGUGAAACUGUUCUUUUUCUGCACCGUUUGGUCCGUUGGAGGAUCGUUGGAUGGUGAUGACAGUCGCGGACGGUUCGAUCUGCUGCUGCGUGAACAACACCCGGAGGCUGGCUACCCUCUGAAGGGGAACGUUUUCCAGCUGUUCGUAGACCCCCUAACGGGGGCCUGGCGGUCGUGGGAAACUAACCAGCAGGGGUCGCUCACUGAUCGGACCUAUUAUCGCAGUCCGCAUACUAUAGCCUACGAGUUUCUCACCUUGGCCCUCAUGAAAACUGGAGGAACGGUGCUGCUGGCGGGUGUAGCGCCGACGGGUAAAACCGCCCUUAUGGAGGUCACCCUCCGCACGCUGGAUCCCACGCAAUGGUCUUCGAUGCGGAUCGCACUCACGCAACGAACCUCACCGUUGCAGUUGCGCUCCCGUCUCCGAUGUCACGCGAUGAAGAUCAUGAAGGAUCGGCUUUAUCCGGAGGAUCGCAAGCGGCUGGUAUGUUUCGUGGACGAUCUGCACUGCUCGCAGUCGAAUCCGUACGCCGUCGAUGAGUUUGUGCGGGGAUUGAUCGAGCGAGUCGAGUGGUACGAGGGGGAAGGUGCGACCCGAGUGCACCUCGAACAGUGUCAAAUGGUGGCCGCAAUGCGUCUGCAGUCCUGUGGCGCAGGGUUCUCCUCGGUCCUGCAGAGCUUGGUCAACAAAUGUCACCUUCUGGUCAUGACCUCGAUGUCCGACGGCGAGCUGGGAACAAUCUUUGCAGGUAUGAUCCGUUCGGCCGUGGGAGAAACACCGGUGGACGUUAAGCCGAAAUCGACUGCCUUCGAACUGCUGGGACCCGCGACGGUGGACUUUGUUGGGCGCCUGGGCCGACACCUUCCACCUACACCCGCUCGUCUUCGAUACCAAUUCUCGCUUCGGACAAUCUCCGCCAUAGUGAGAUCGCUUUGCGUUUGCCUGCGAGCUGGUGGCGACGGAGGAUGGCAAGAAAAGGGGCCACUGUUGCGCCUCUGGGUGCACGAGUGCUACCGAGAGACGUUGGACCAACUGGAGCGGACCGAUCAGAGGCGAUUUUACGAGCUGCUAAACGAAACCCUUUCCGGCCACUUCGAGGUAACGUUGCACGGUUUGUGCCCGAACAAUCAGAGCCCGCUCUUCAGCGACCUUCUUGGCGAGGGCCCAAGUGGCCAGAAUCCGUACGAAGACGUCCGGGAUGCGGAUCAAUUGAUUGUUCAUGCUGAGGCUAAGUGGAGCGAAACGGAAGGAGAUCUUGCGAAGAAACUCAUCAUCCAUGAGGAAGCCGUAAAACACGCCACGAGGGUGCUCCGCGCCAUUCGCGCCGGUCGUGGAAUGCUGCUGAUGGGUCGGCCGGGGAGCGGGCGGACGGUGGUAUGCCGACUGGCGGCUCGUCUUUCGCCCUCCAUGGGCUUCAAGCGGAUUGUGGUGCGGACGCGAGAUGAACCGGAAGUGAUAGAGCAGUCGUUUUGGAAGCUGUUUCAGGCGUGCCAGCAUCAGGCGACUCUGGUCAUGAUAAACGUUGAUGACGUGGGACACAAUUGCGAACCGAACGAACGCUUGAUGGAGCUCCUCAGUGGGAUGGUGGCCGGCGAAGAGUGGCGCGUUCUGUUCUGCGGCGAAUCGGGACGGGACUCCAAAGGGACUCAGGACGGGGAGAUGGCAGCCACGGGGGGUACACUGAAGUGGGACCGGGUGAGGGCCAAUUUUCACCUGGUUCUUUGUGUGCCACUGGAGCUAUCCGCAUACAGAGUUAUUCUGCAACGUUACCCGUCGUUGGGGCGCGAGCUCACCGUGGACUGCAUGCACGAUUGGCCGGAGAAAUCGCUGCAGGAGAUUUCCCGGAAGUACCUGCUCAGGAACGUCCCACUGAACGUGCCCAUCCAGGGUCCGGUAGCCGACGGUAGCGACCGUGCCGCCAAGAAGACACGCAACAGAGAAAGUUUAAUCCAAAGCACCGAAGAUCGAUUGCGGGUCGCGAUGCAUGAAUUAUUGUUCCGCAUACAUUAUGCGGUGCAAACGGAGACGAAUGUGCCCAUAAUUGUACCCUCCGGUUGGUAUUUCGAGCUGCUCGAUACGUUCGAAAGAGUUCUACGUGAGAAGCGUACCGAGCUGCAGGGGCUGCACCGAAAGUUCCGUGUCGGGAUUGAGCGAAUCGAGGACGCGACGGUGAAGGUGGCCGAUCUGUCGGAGGAGCUGGAGCGGCGCCAGCAAGAGAUCGCCCUCUUCCAGCAGCAGCUGGACGCGUUUCUGGAGCAGAUCGCGCUCCAAACGGCCGAAGCGGACGAGCAGACGGAGGAGGUGUCACUGAAGCGAGUUAAGAUCGGGGCCGAGGAGGUGGUCUGCAAGCAGCUGGCGGCGAUGGCCGAAGCCGACCUGGAGCGGGCGAUGCCUGCGCUGAACGCCGCCGUGGCCGCACUCGAUUCGCUCAACAAGAAGGACAUGAACGAGAUCAAGUCGUACAGCCGACCGCCGACGAAGGUGGAGCUGGUGAUGGAGGCGGUAAUGAUUCUGCUGGGCCGGGAGCCGACUUGGGCCGAGGCGAAGCGCCAGUUGGGUGAGCAAAAGUUCCUCGACACGCUGAAGGGCUUCGACCGGAACGGCAUCUCGGAGCGGACGCUCAAAACGAUCGGAGCGUAUGUGCGCAAUCCGGAGCUGGAACCGGAUAAGGUGGGCACCGUCUCCCGAGCGGCCAAAUCGCUGAUUCUUUGGGUUCGGGCAAUCGAAAACUAUGGAAAAGUGUACAAGUACGUCGGUCCCAAAAUCCGUAAAAUGGAAGACGCCAACGCGUCGCUGUUGGAGAAACAGAACGAACUAGCAGCAGCCGAGCGUAAGAUGGUGGAGCUAUCGGAAAAGUUGGCCCGCCUGCGGGCCGAGUACGAGGAGAAGAUAGCGGAGAAACAGCGACUCGAAGAGACCGCCCGCCAAAUGGCCAUGAAGUUGGAGAGGGCUCGAACCCUGGUGGACAAUUUGGCCGGUGAACGAAUCCGCUGGAUAGCGACCAGAGACGGGCUGGAGGAUAGUUAUUGUAAGUUGCUGGGCGAUUCGCUGCUGGCAGCCGGGUUUCUCACCUACCUCGGUUCGGCCGAGCUGCAAACACGCGCCUCCAUGCUUGCCCAAUGGUCAGUCGACCUGGAGACGCUGGAGAUGCCCUUCACACGAGCGUUUUCUCUGACGGCAUUCUUCUACGAACCGUCCGUCCUUAUCCGCUGGCACGAGAAUGGACUACCGCCGGAUGAGUUUUCCGCGGAAAAUGCCACAAUUCUGAUGCAUAGCACGCGUACGGCUUGGAUAGUCGAUCCUCAGGAGGAGGCCCAGCGAUGGCUUUUGCAGGAGUUGGGCUCCGAUAUGACGCUGGUAGACUUUGAUGAUGAAAUCGGUGAAUCGACGGUGAUGGAAACAUUUCACCGACACGUGCCGCUCGUCGUGGAAAACGUCAACCGUGGGAAUGCGCUCGAACUGGAUGAUGUCUUCACACUGCAGGAAGCCGCCGGCUCGAGUUGCGAAAAGUGUCAAGGAGGGCAAAGCAGGCGCCACUUGGUAUAUUUGAUAAGUCGCGAAUCACUUCCGAUACCUGCCUCCAUCAUGAAGUGUGUGAAUCAGUUAAGUUUUGUGCUCGCAGCGGAAGGACUGGAGAUGAAAAUGCUUGGACUACUGGUGGGAUAUGAGAAUCCUUCGCUGGAGGAACGUAGAGAUUCGCUUCAGCAAACGAUUGUACGCAACAAACAGACGAUUGCCGAUUUAGAGGAGGAAAUACUACAACUUCUCAACGAAAGCAACACACCUCUGCUAGAAGACGAGAAGCUUUAUCUUGUACUGGAGAACUCGCGGGUCACUGGUGAAACGGUUUCCGCCAAUUUACAGCACGCGGAAACCACACGUCGAGAUAUAGAAGCGUCCCGCGAAGUGUAUCGAUCGUGUGCGGCUCGAGCCGCGUUGCUCUUCAUGGUCCUGGGAGAUCUGCGCCAGAUCAACCUGCUCUAUCGGUACUCGUUGGAAUGGUACAAGUCGUUGUUUUUGGUAUCGCUUGAAAAGAGUGGCCGUGUGCAGCAGGUCGCCGAGAGGAGGCGCCGUAUCGACGAGUAUCAUACUUACAACGUUUUUCGGAACGUAUCCCGCGGAUUGUUUGAAAAUGACCGGAAGCUGUUCGGGUUCCACUUGUGCACCCGACUGCUAUUCGCCGAGGAAGCUAUGAGUGCUCGGGAGUAUAACUUCCUAGUGCACGGUUCACGCUCGGUUGACCGUUCGGAACAGAUGGAAAAUCCGUGCCGGGACUGGCUAACGGAAGCCCACUGGGACCAGCUGUCCGAUCUCGAUCGACUUCCGGGGUUUCAUGGGAUCGUGGAGUCGUUCGAGGAACUGCCGGAAGAUUGGCAUCGCUGGUAUCUCACGCCUUCGCCGGAAAACAGUCCACUUCCCGCCAACUGGGAGGUGAACUUGAAACUAUUCCAAAAGUACCUCCUCGUGCGCUGCCUCAGGAUGGAUAGGGUGGAAAGUUGCAUGGUGGACUUCACACGGCACCAUAUGGGAGCAAAGUUUGUCAACGUAGCAGCCAUGGGUUCGCUAGAAGAGGCGUUCCGAGAGUCCUCCCCACAGACUCCCAUCCUAUUGCUUCUCCGAGGUCCAUCGAAUCCGGAGCGCACUAUUGGACGAUUGAGGAGCAGCAUCCAUUCGUCGUCUGCACGCGAAAGCUUUGAAUACAUCAGCAUGACCGAGGGUCGACUGGAUUCGUUCAGUACCGCCUUGAAGCGUUGCGUUGCGGAUGAGUCAUGGUUAUACGUCGGUAAUUGUCAUCUUUCCGAGCGGUUCCUCAAGCAAUUGCCCCGCAUUGUGGCGUUCCUUCGGCACGUCAAUGCCAACUCCAAGUUUCGACUCUGGCUGGGUUCGAAGCCGCAUGCCGCGUUGCCUGUUUCGUUCCUGGCAAGCUGCAUCAAGCUAGCGUACGAGGAACCAAGGGGCAUCAAGCACUGUAUGGGAAGUUUAUAUGCAGAACUUGGAGAAGCGCGUUUCAAAAAAACCACGACGACGUUGAAGCAAAACGAAACAACUUACAAGAGGCUGCUUUUCUCAUUUUCUUUCCUGCACGGACUACUGCUGGAGCGAAACAACUUCCAACAGCUUGGCUGGCUCGAACCGGUCCAUUUUGUGGCUAACGACUUCGGCCUCGCGGAAAGUCUCCUGGCGUACGGCCUGGCGAAGCUGCUGGUAGAGAAAGUGAACGACCCAAAGAAGAAGAAGAAGAAGGGAGUGAAUGCCGACGCCGGCAUCGAGGACGAUUUUCGUGGGCUUGGCCUGGCGGAUGAUAUGGAAGAGCAACAGCACGAUGCAACACCUUGGCAGUUUAUCCACGAGGGCAUCGUUGAGAUUUGCUACGGUGCUCAAAUCGACCACGGCUGGGACCGGCGAAUCUACGACGUGUACAAGAAGGAACUCUUUCAUCCACGGCUCCUGGCAUCGCCGAGCAGCAGUUCCCUUACCUCCCGCGGUUGGUUCCGGUUGCCCCGGGAUGGAACGUUCCAGACGUACGCGGACUUCAUCGCCAGCCAGCUGCCGGAGCGGGACGGCAUCGAUGUCUUCGGGCAGCACGAGAAUGCAAAUAUCAAAUAUUUAGCAUCGCGCUCCGGCUACAUGCUGCAGAUGUUGGGCCGGGUGGCAGACCCGCUACCACUCGUCCACCAUCCUCAGCAGCAGGAUGCUGAAGGCACAAAGCAAGCAAUCUCGGACCUGCUAUCGACACUUCCUGUUUACCUGAGCCUCGAGAGUGCACUCCGGAUCGUGGGUGCCGGUGCAAACACCCGCACUCCCGUCUCCGACGCCAUGCUGGCGGAGGUGCGCGCCCUCAACUCCCUUCUGGCGCGGGUGCGUUCCGAUGCGAACUGCGCCCUGAGGACGCUUACGGGAGCAACGAACGAACCGCUGCUGCAUGACCCUACCGGACGUUGGAGCGAGCUUUUCGAAGCCCUGCAACGGGACUCGGUCCCCGCGGGUUGGCAAGAGGGAUGCAAGAGGGAGUCACUGGCAGGCUGGGCGAUGCAGCUUCGGGAGCGUGUUCAGUACUUCCGACGCUGGACUGAAACGGGCCAACUUCCGGCCGAAAUAGAGUUGGGGCGUUUUAUGAACCCGGCCCGAUUUCUCAACGCUGUCUUGAUGCAUUAUGCAACCCUUCAUCACGUUCCGUUGGAGGCAGUGGGGUGGAGUUUUACGAUAUUUACCAUGCCGAAACCACUCGAACGCAUCCCGAUUGAAGAAGGGUUCAUUGCGAGGGGUCUGACGCUGGAGAACGGAAGUUGGGAUUGGGAGAAGCAAACGCUCGCUAUUCCGGAUAUCCUUGAAACGAUCUGCCCCAUGCCACCGAUUGCCUUCCGACCAACGACGAGAGAAGAAAGGGUCGACGAGGAGAAGCACUAUCUUUGUCCGGUUUUCAAGGGAUCCCAACGUGAUGAAGGAUCGUUCGUUCUAUCGAUUCCUUUGGCUGUUGGUGAGCAACAGGAUGCUAAUGGUUGGAUCCUGUACAAUACGGCCCUUUUGCUAACGGAAGGGUAA